AUGGAUUCUCCAAAGGCAGAUAUUGAGGCAUCAUCUGCAAACGAAAUCGUGGAAGGUGUAGUCAUCACUGUCACCAAAGAAGAGAAUGAUCGAAUAAAGAGAAAGACCGAUUUGGUCAUCCUCCUAAUCCUCAUCUGGGUGUAUUUCCUACAAAUUUUGGAUAAAGGUGUUUUGGGAACGGCAGCACUGUUCAAUCUCCAGUCUGAUAUGGGUCUCGUGGGGAACCAGUAUUCCCUCAUUGGAACAAUUGCUCCCGCCGCACAACUAGCAUGGCAGCCAUUCUCCGCAUGGAUCCUGGUCAAUGUUCCCCCCCGUAUUCUUAUGCCAACCAUGAUUCUUGGAUGGGGUAUCGCUGUGGCAUGCAUGGCCGCCUGCAAUAAUUUCAAGACCUUUAUCGCCGCUCGCUUUUUUAUGGGUCUGUUUGAAGCCGGGUGUAUGCCUCUCUUUACCAUUCUUACCGGUAGAUGGUACCGCCGUAUUGAACAGCCGAUUCGUAUCGCCCUUUGGUACUCUGGUAAUGGCACAGCUACUAUGGUGGCUGCUUCUUUGGCUUAUGGCCUUGGCCAUAUUCAAUCUGAUGUGUUGAAGCCGUGGCAGAUUAUUUUCCUAUUUGUUGGUCUUGUCACUAUCGUCACCGCGCCCUUCAUUUACUGGAAGCUUGACAACGACGUUACAACUGCCCGUUUCCUUACUGAACAUGAGCGACGCCAGGCAGUGGAGCGUCUCCGUGCCAACCAGAAUACGUCAACCUCCUACGAAUUCAAGUGGUCACAGGCUCUUGAAGUUCUCCUAGAACCUAAGAGCUGGCUUUUCGUUACUAUGGCCUUACUCCCGAACAUGGGUUCGGCCUUGCCUAGUCUGUUCGGACCUCUUAUCGUGACUGGUUUGGGUUUCGACAAGUAUCAGGCUGCCCUACUAAACAUUCCCUAUGGAGCUAUUACAACAAUCGUGAUCAUUCUUAGCUGCUGGGCCUCCCACAAGGCGAAGCUCAAGUCUGCCGUUUUGGCUGCUUUUAUGCUUCCUGUGGUGGUUGGAAUCGCCCUUCUUUACGCGCUUCCCCAUUCCGAAAAGAAAAACCAGGGACCACUGCUAUUUGCAUACUACCUGACUUCAUGUAUCUAUGCCGCCAAUCCUCUUCUUCUCUCUUGGGUUGUUGGAAAUACUGCUGGUGCUGCCAAGAUGUCAACUAUGGUUGCACUUUACCAGGCCGGUACUUCCGCUGGUGCCCUUUCGGGGCCCCUUCUGUUCACCGCUGACCAGGCUCCCGGCUAUCUUGCCGGUACCCGUGCUGUACUUGGUCUCUUCAUUGCCUUGCUUGGCUGCGUGGGUCUUCAGUUCCUUAACCUUUGGUUCUUAAACAAGCAGCACAAGAAGCGCAGAAUUGCCAACGGCAAGGCUAGUGAUAUCAGGGAUACCUCUAUGACCACUGAGGUUGGCAUCGAUAGUAAGAUUCAGGGGGAACAAGGGGAGGGUAUGCCCUUCAAGGACAUCACGGACAAGGAAAACGAUGAGUUUGUGUAUAUCUAUUAA